AUGGCCGAACUCCAGCACGAACUCUUCGAUGAGGAGUCCAGCCAAUGCGAGGAACAGGCGCCUGACCGCAAGUUCCCCAAGGUCAAAGUCGUGGCUGUGGUGGCCUCCAUGCUCAUGCUGGCAGUUGUGGGCCUGAGCACCAUGAACCCAAGGGCGGCUUCUGAUCAGAUCGCGGCCAAGCACGGCGGGCUCAUCAACCUGGAUCUCCAAUCCGACUUCCAAGCCGCGCAGGAGAAGAUGAAGCGCGGCGCCGGCCAGGUCCCAAACCAAGAGCUGCUGGAUGCCUACGCUCUCUACAUGCAAGCGACACAAGGAGACGUCAGCACCUCGCGUCCAUCCAUUAUGAAGAUGAAGUCAAGGGCCAAGUGGGACGCAUGGAACAAGGUCAAGGGCAUGACCAAGGAUGCGGCAAAGAAGAAGUACACCGAAACCGUCAACCGGUUAGUCAAGUAA